AUGUAUAUUAUGAGAUGUUUAAUUAUAUUCGCGUUGUUUAAUGUUAAUUGUCUGUGCGGUGAGGAUUUUCUGACGCCAGUUGUCGAGGACGCGGAAUCCGAUGAGAAUUUUUACCACGAUAAUCGCGUCUAUUCUGUUAUUUACAAAUCAGUGAACAAGUAUUACUGUUCCAUUGGUGUUGACGAUGAAUAUCUACUAAUAUACGGUACAAAGAAAUGGACGUUUCCCGCUCAAGAUGUGAACCUAACAUUAUCGUACCCGACCGAAACGACUCGCGCGUCGCCGGAUCAUUACGAAGACUAUAUUAUAACCGGUUUCAGAGUGAACCUCUUCAUUGAUAGCGUCGAGAGCAGAGGGUACAUCAGUAGCGGUGGGCUUCUUGAGGAAUCAAUAAGCCUGUCAUUCGUCAGCAGUAACAUCAGCGCCAUGGGCUACCAGUUCUGGCUGUACGGGAUACCGAAGAGCGUGAGGCAAUAUCAGAACCUACAAACGAAUUUCAUACGAAUGUGUGUUUCUCAAUGA